GCCCCCCCUCGAUGUGCUCGCUCUUCCACAGGACAGCACGGCGGUCCCUAGCAGCCCCGAGAGAGACACUGUGUUCAGUCGGUCUUGACUCGACCGGAGGACCCUGGACUCACCAUGUUGUUCCCUCUGUUGUUUCCUCUUCUGCUGUCCACAGCCUCGGCCACAGAGACAGCUGACAGCGCCCUCCCCAGGCUGGGGGACCUCAAGGCGGCCGAGGCCUUCAUCGACUCUGCUGAAGUGGUCGUCGUUGGGUUCUUUGAGAGCGAGGAGUCUCGCGGCUACAAAGAGCUGCUGGACUCCACAAAGCACGUGACCACUGUCCCGGGGGCCAUCUGCAUGGAGAAAGAGGUGUGGGCGGAGCUUGGCGUCAGCUCGGACACCAUCGCCAUAUUCAGAAAGGCAGACAACUCCCAGGAGAACCUUGUUCUCUCAGAGGCCAAGAAGGUGGACGCGGACGGUCUGGUUAACUUCCUCACUAUAAACGAAGUGCGAUACGUCACAGAAUAUAACCAAGUGACUGCGGUGGGUCUGUUCAACUCGGAGGUGAAGGUCCACCUCCUGCUGAUGGUCAACCGGGGCACCAAGGAGUUCACCCAGCUCAAGGAGCAGCUCGCCGCCCUCGCCCCGGAGUUCACCGGCAAGCUGCUGUUUGUGCUGAUCAACGGCGCGGUGAAGUCCAACCUGCGCUCGCUGGGCUACUUCGGCCUCGCGUCGGGGGACCUCCCGCGGGUGGGGAUCUACGACGGUGGGUCGGACAUGAAGUGGCUCCUACCCCAGGGUACUGUCUCCAGCGAGCGUGUGAGGAGCUUCUGCCACGCCUUCCUGAAAGGGGAGCUGAAGGCGGAGAAGCAGGCCGGAGCUCAGGCCAAAAGCGAGCUCUAAGAUCAAUAAAAACCUUUUGUUGAAUAGGUUUUUAUUGUUGAAUACAUUUGGAAUAAAAAAGAAAAUAGA